AUGGGAAUCAUUGGAUUUCGACGUCUUAUGCAGUCACGAUGGGGAAAUAUUCUCAAGGAAGGGCACGAGGCGAUCUGGCAAGACAUGGAUCAACCGCUUCCGCAUUAUUUCUGCAAUUCAAGUCACAACACCUAUCUGUCCGGUUUGCAGAUGAAAGGCGAGGCUACGGUUGAGGGAUAUAUCUACGCUCUGAAGAGAGGAGCGCGACUGCUCGAACGUUAG